AUGGGCUGGUUCUGGGCCAACGCUGCCAGUAAACCACACGGAAAGUUCCCACCCGGCGCCGUUUGUCCGAUCGACCACUCUGGCACUGCAGCCGUUUGUCCGGUGGUCGUUGCCGAUGACGACAUCGAGGUUCUCAACCCUCUCAACAAUAUGCCUAUGGCCAUCUCCUCCCAGAAAGCUCCUGGUCAGAAAAUUAUUCUCUCAACCGAAAGAACCAUUUCCCUGAUUCCCCGCGGUGAGCUGCUCGACCAGGGAAACUGGGAGUAUCCUUCUCCACAGCAAAUGUUGAAUGCAAUGCUUAAAAAAGGAAAGGGUCAAGGUAUAGAUGAAGAGGCCGUCACCUCCAUGGUUGAUGUUCACAACUUUUUGAAUGAGGGUGCCUGGCAACAAAUCUUAGACUGGGAGAAGCCACACACACUUGAAACAAGAGUCGAGCCUCGUCUUGAGAAAUUCACUGGCCGUCCUCAUGACUUGUCUCCUCGCGCACAAACAUACCUCUUUUUGGGAAAGAUUUUCCCCGAAACUUUCAACACACAACCUCCGUUUGAUCGCCAUGACUGGACUGUUUUGAGAUCCAAGGGCCGUAACGAGGGCUGGGAAAAGGUGCGCUACGUCAUAGACUAUUAUGGCGCCCCUGACGACGAGGAUACCGGCAUGCCCGCUUUUAUGUUGGACACACGUCCAGCUCUAGACUCGGUGACUGCUGCCAGUGACCGCUUUGAGCGCUGGUUCUUCCCCUUGUGGAGAAGAGCCAUGGGCGACUUCAGUGACCGUCAGUAG